AUGUAUUAGCAAUGGGACAUGUGUCUGUCACUGUGAAAACUGUACUAACGGAUGUACCGCUUGUUUACCUGGAUGGAGCGGAUCUACAACAAAUUAUUGUCAAAAAUCGAACACUUUCUUUCAAUUACUUGCAAUGGAUGAACUUUUCGACGGUGAUUCAAAAACUUACAAAAUGUUCAAAGGUCAUGAUCCAUAUGUUCGAUUUCAAUUUAAUACUUCUGCAAAAAUUGAUCAACUUGACAUAACCCUUGUGCUAGAAUAUGGGAUAACCUACACAGUUUUUAUAAAACAAAAUCCAUAUAUAUAUCUUGAAUCGGAGAUUUGCGACGAAUUCACACACAGCGAUGUUAGUACCGAGAUAACUGUUACAGUGACAUGUUACCGACAACUGCAAGGAAAAUACAUUGAAAUUGUUGCCUCGAGUCCCUCAGAAACAACUCUAAAAGUGUUUGAAAUUGAGCGGUUCGAAUGUUCAAAUGGCACUUUCGGGGAAAAUUGCAGUAAAAUUUGCCCAGACGGAUGUAACAAACAGUGUGAUAAAAAUACAGGUGACUGUAUUUGUAUUAGCGGUCGCUGGGGAAACUCUUGUAAUCAGACAUGUCCUUCGUUUUGUGAUAAAAAUACGUGUAAUUCUACCACAGGCGAUUGUAAUGAUUGUGUUCUUGGAUAUUAUGGAGUGAAAUGUGACAAAGAAUGUUCUUUUGGGUGUCAAAAUAUUUGUAACAAGAAAUCGGGAAUAUGUUCAUGUAAAUCAGGAUUCUAUUUGUCAAAUUGUUCAUUGACGUGUCCAUCAAAGUGUUUAAAUAAUGAGUGUCAUCAAGAAAAAGGAACUUGCCUGGCAUGUCAUAAUGGAACAUAUGGCGACUUUUGCAACCUGAAUUGUUUGGGUGAUUGCAACGGUCAGUGUAAUAAAGAAGGCAUAUGUGGAACCUGUGCUAACAAUAAAUAUGGUACUUAUUGUAAUCAAACAUGUCCUGAAAAUUGUGAAGCAGGGGUUUGUAAAAGAGGCACUGGUUAUUGUGAAAAUUGUAAGAUAGGUUAUAUGGGAGAAAAAUGUGAUAAAAGCUGUCCGGAACACUGUGAGAUUUGCAGUCAAAACGGUUACGAAUGCAAACGAUGUGUUGAUAAAUGGUUUGGUGUUAAAUGUGAGUUAAAAUGUCCCACCGGUUGUGGUGAAAAUGGGUCCUGUGAUAUUGAAUCAGGUAUGUGCAAUGAGUGUCCUGCUGGAUAUUAUGGGAAUAAAUGCACUCGGCAAUGUAGUAAUAAUUGUGCCUCGAACAAAAUUUGUGAUCAGAGCACGGGGAACUGUCCAAGCUGUAAAGCUGGUUGGUAUGGACUGAACUGUUCAGAACACUGUAACAGUAAUUGUAUGAAUUCAACAUGUAUUAGCAAUCAGUCAUGUACGUUUGGUUGUAAAGAUGGAUGGUAUGGUGCACAAUGUGAUUAUAAAUGUGGCCGCGCUAUUCGAAACUGUGGGCAAUGUGAUUUGAUAGAAAAUGUUCCGGUUUGUCGACAAUGCAGCGAUAGAUGGUACCUGAUGGAGACAGAUUGUUUCGAAUGUCCUAAAAAUUGCUCUUCUUGUAUAUCAGAUGAAGAAUGCUUGGAGUGUAAAAACAAUUUUUACCAUGGCAAGACUUGCAACUCAACAUGUAACACAGCCUGUAUAAAUAAGACAUGUGACAUGACAGGGUAUUGUAAAGAGGGAUGUGAAGACGGUAGAUAUGGCGUCAGAUGUGACCAAAAUUGUUUGGAACAUUGUAAGACUUGUCACAAUUCAACAAUGUGUUUGCAAUGUGAAGAUGGAUAUUUUGGAGUAUCGUGUCAAAUGUGUCCAAAAAAUUAUGAAAAAUGUGAAAAUUAUUCAAGAUGUCCGAUUGGCUGCAAAAUGUGUACCAAUCUCACAGUAUGUUUAAGAAGUAAGUAUAUUUAAUUUCUUCAUAACUUAUCUGGCCAGAAUAUUCAUAAUUUGUCGUAAAAUCGUAAUGUCAAAUUUACUUUAUUCAAACGAGUUGAAAAUGAAUUUAAAGGGUCAUAAUACAUAUUAAAUUCAGACUUUUUCAGUUUAUACUCUGUCCCGAG